GUCGCUGCAGAAGUCCUGUUUAUGGGAUAGUCCAUCCGACCUUACUCAUGGUGGUAGGCCUCGCUGGCGAAAGAAAACCUAUAUAACGUCCCAUGCACGGAUAGUGACGUUUAUGCUCGUCACAAAUGGCGACCGAAGACAGCUCCACGCCUCCAGCUGCGAAGUCCAAGCAAGAGCGUAUUCGUGACAACCAGAGACGCAGCCGUGCUCGCCGACAGGAGUAUUUAGCCGAGCUCGAGAAAAGAUUGAAAGAAUGCCACGCCAUAUGUCGCCAAGCUGACCUGCAACGUGUAGCCUUCGCCGACCUGCAGGCUGAAAACGCCCGGUUGCGUGACCUUCUCAACUUCGCAGGCGUCGGUCCUGAGCUGGUAGAAUCAUAUGGUCAACAGUAUAUGCAACAUCAUCAGAACGAUCUGGCCACCGCUUCACUCCGACAGAUCAAACCCAAAUGGCAUGCAGCAGAUGUCUUCCGGACAGCAGCGCCAGGAAAUUUGCCAAAGCAGCAACCUGGUGACACCAGGCACUGUCCUUCAUCAGUGAUGUCGUCGGCAACGUGCACACCUCAACCAAUGACCUUUGGCGACGCCUUCCAAAACUACGACGAUUCAUAUCGCUUCUCGUUCUUGCCUGGUCAACCUUCUCUCGGAACGCCGUUGUCUCAGAUGAACAUCAGCUCACCAUCAUAUGACUGGCUCUUUGGCUCGGACGCGGGAAGCUCCAAUGCAUCCAAUGAUGGAGGCCUCAUGUGUGACACAUUCAAUGUUCCCUCCAGUGGGCACCUUGUGCCGGACGACGGUAACACAGUCUUGUGUUCUGUGGCCAAAACCAUGAUUGACCAGUACCAAGCAACACCUGCAGAGAUGGCGGAGAUCAAGGCACGACUGUCGACGGGGUUCGUCCGGCCCGCAUUUCCGGAGACUGGCUGCCGAGUUAACAGCCAAGUCUUGUUCCAAGUCUUGAACGAUAUGAAUGCCAGAAAAUCGCGAUCAUGAGAUUUGGGAUUCAUGGGCCAG